GUAACGGGCCAGAUCCCUUUCCAGAUGUCAAGAUCUCCGGUUGAUCUUUUCUGAUUCCGUCCGAUGGAUUCAUCAAUCAGCCUCCGUGCGGUGGGCGCUGGGCUUGACCCGCUGAGCGCCCUCAGCAGACAGUUCACCGCCGCAAAGAAGCCGCCGUCUAAUGCCGGCGAUGCGGCAAGAGAGCCGACAUCGCCCGGAGAAGAAGUGCUGCUCGAGGUAGCCACUGACAGACCGCGCGUGGCCAGGCAGAUGGGCAGAUGGACACACAGGGUGGUGCAGGGCAGGCAGCCGGGGUGUUUGGAUGAAUCAACGCCUCGUGACACACGCCACACAGACGUUGUGUGAUCUUGUCUGUGCCUUGUCUGCCUGUCUGUCUGUCUGUCUGUCUGUCUGCAGGUAACGUCAGGUGCGACGAUGGGUCCGCACUCGUCCUUGCUCAGUGGCCGCACGCCGUCCCACCCUCCUCCCCCUCCAAGCCCCACAUAUCCACCCACACCCACACCCAUACCUGCACCCGUAACCAUGCCGCCACCGCAGCAGCACCACCAGCAGCAGCAGCAGUAUCAAAUGCCGGAGGAAGAUCGGCAGCAAACCUCUCAACCUCCCCGUCCGUUGCGUCAGGUCCCGCUGCUGCCUGGCGAGAAGGAGCACAUGCGGCUGGAGCAUGCCCUGCUGUCCAUUAGUGGUGGUGGGGUGCUGGACGGACGGCUGGUGCUGACGAGUGGGCGGCUGUGGUUCGAGCUGACAGACGUCCGUGUGCGAAAGGGGGAGUGGUGGGUGGAGCGGUGUGGGUACCUGGAGGUGCAUCUGGGGUCUGUCGACAAGAUCGAGGUGAACCCCGAGAGAAGGGGGGUGUCGGGGCGACAGAAGGUGCUGCUCAGUGCCGUCACUGACCCACUCGUGCUAGAGGUAGGUAGGUAGGCGAUAGAUAGGAGGGGAGAGGGAGGCCAGAUGGAUGGUGGAUGGCGUCAUUCGUUCAUCAGGUAACGACUAAGGAUGGCCGCAGGCUGCGCUUCAUCAUCCACGAACCGCGGAAACAGCAGGUCAGUCAGUCAUCCCUUUCAUCGAUCUAUCCGUCCGCCCGCCCAUCCGCUCGUCCAUCCAUCAGAUAGCCCAGGAGGUGUAUCGUGUGGCCUUCCCCACCCGGCUGGCGGACGUCUUCGCCCUCGACCAGCGACGCCAGACAUCCAAAAACCACCCGGCGCGCACACACAAGGCGUCUCACGAGGAGACCCCCGAAUCAACGGCACUCCAGCCAAUGGUGCAUCAGCAGCAGCAGCAGCAGCAUGGCGGGCUGGGCGAGAGGGGCUGGGAUGCGUGGGGCCACCAUCAGGAGGAUGAGAGCGGGUGGAGUCUGUAUGACGCUGUCGCCGAGUACAGGAGGAUGGGUGUGGAGGAGAACAGCAGGAAGAGGGAAAAGGAGGGAAGUGGUCACGGUCAUGGUCUGCCGCCGCCAUCCACCAGGGUAAGAGAGGGAGAGUAAAGGGGUGGCCCUGCUGUGUGUCGUUCAUGGCCACCGUUGAUGUGUGUCGUGUGUGCAGUUGUGUGUUCGAUACACCAAUUUGGACUACUCGUUGUGUGACACGUAUCCCCCGGUGUUUGUGGUGCCGUCUUCCAUCACUGACGACCAACUCAGACGAGUCAGUCAGGCACUCACUCACUCACUCACUCACACACGCACACACAACAUAGCCAUGGAUGGGUGCACGCGUGCGUCAGGUAGCUGCCUUCCGGUCUCGCGGCCGUCUGCCCGUCAUGAGCUGGCGAAACCCAUACACAGACGCCACGCUGUGGCGAUCAAGGUAGCCAGGGGCAGACACACAUGUGCAGGCUGGUGCACCCACUGCACUGGUUUGUGUGAAUGUGUGUGUGUCGCGUCAUUUGUGUGCCAGUCAGCCGAAGACGUCUCUGAAGCGGUGUGAGGACGACGAGCUGCUCGUGGCCCACCUGGCGGGCGGCCAAACCGACAGGCCCCUCUUGCUCAUCGACGCACGACCAUUCGCUAACGCCAUGGCCAACAGGGUACCCUCCCUCCCCACAGUAUAUAUGCGGCCCAUUUUGCGCAUGUGCGUGCCCACGUAUGUGUGUGUAGGCUGGUGGUGCAGGGUGGGAGACUGCGCCGUACUACCGUUGCGCGGUCAAGUAUGCGGGCAUCCCCAACAUCCACGGUGUGCGUCAGGCCUGGCAGGCCAUGGUCGCCGCUGUCAACAAGGGGCUGGACGAAAUGAUGGAGGAGACCACACUCAAUGGGGGUGGGGGCAUGGCUGGGGGUGGGAGCGACAUGCAAGCCAUGAUGAACAGCUAUGCCAAAUGGGGCACACAGGUACCACACACACAGAGAGAGAGAGGGAAUGAGAUGGAUUGAGUGUUGUGGUGACCUGUGUAUACUCUGCAGGUGGACAGCUCGCAUUGGUACGAGUACGUGUGCAUCAUCCUGCAUACGGCAUCUGAGAUGGUGGACGAGCUCCACAGCAGCGAGGGGCGUUCGGUCUUCACCCACUGCAGCGACGGGUGGGACCGCACGGCUCAGCUGACCAGUCUGUGCAUGAUCUGCCUCGACCCCUACUACCGCACCAUCAGAGGGCUGCUCAUACUCAUCGAACAAGUAAGUCAGCUUAUGAGCAAGUCGUGAGCAACACAUACACAUGGUGCUUGUGUGUGUCAAUAUAUGGCAGGAGUUUCUGUCGUUUGGUCAUCGGUUCCACACGCGAUGCGGCCAUCCGGCGCCCAUCGAGUCGAGAGGGCCGCAGGGCGAUGAUCAACGCUCGCCAAUCUUCAUUCAGGUGAGGUACCCCUGCCUCCUUGUGAAUGAGACGAACCGGGCCCCGGCCGCCUGCAUCGCAUUCCUGUUUGUUUGGUGGGCUGUGUCGUGUCGUGUCGUGUCGUGUUGUGUUGUGUUGUGUGUAUGCAUCAGUGGUUGGACUGCGUGUAUCAGUUGUGGCAUCAGCAUCCGUGUGCCUUCGAGUUCGACGCCUCACUACUCACAUGCCUCGCAGAACACGUCUACUCGUGCCAAUUCGGCACAUUCCUUCUCGACUCCCACAAAGUGAGUGACCCCAAUUAACCCACACAGACAGACACGCCACACAUCAACCAACACAUGUGCAUGUGCCUCUCCUCUCCCCCCUCUGGUGUAAUGUCGUUCAGGAGCGAGAGGACUUCCACAUCUCCCGCCGCACCCCCUCUCUGUGGCGUCACAUCCUGGACCGCACAGACAGCUUCGCCAACCCCUUCUACAACCCUGCUUACUCGGCCACUGGGGAUGACGCACAACACACUACUGCAGGGGAUGGUGUUGGUGUUGGUUUGGGUGAGCCUCUGCGGAUCCACGCCAGCCUGCCGUGUAUGCGGGUGUGGGGGCAGUACUGGUUCAGGUAGGUACUCACACAUCAACAGACGAAUGACACACCUCGGCCGGGCCAUGUGGAUGCGUGUGUGUGUUGUGUGUGUGUGUUGAGUUAGGUAUCAUCCGUUGCAUGAGUUCUACGAGCACCGGUCCCUUCAGUACAUGUAUCAUGACGCACGUCGGUCCAUCACGACACGUAUCAUGACGCGCGUGGGUCCAUCACGACACGUAUCAUGACGCUGUCCAUGUGUAUGUCAUUGAUGUCUGCGAUGACUGACUGUCGCCCAUAGUGGGGGGGGGGGGCAUGUGUGAGCCCAUUUCGCGUGGGCAUUGAUGGGCUGUGGUGUGGCGUUGUG